ACGAGCGCGUUCUGUAAGACUGUGAACGCUCAACGGGUCCGACAUCUUUCCUCCUCUCCUCGAUCUCUCCUGUCCUGCACACCCUGCGGAACGCACAUCAUGGACCACGCCAACACAAGAGAUAACGUAUUUUCACGAGGUCCUUCACCCCCGCACCAGCAGUCUUUUGCAGCCCCCCUGUCGCAGGCGAACGACCCGCACGUUUCCCCGGCUCCCUCUUACCGUGAACCCCCUCUUGCCUCAUCUACGACUCACCUUGAUAACUUGUUUCAAACGCUGAAUGCACCUUCCAACUCGCAUGUCAGUCCGCAGCCCAGUAACAACGGUUCCAAUAUCUAUGCUGGCCCGCAGGAGGCGAAUUCGGGCCACGCCACACCGGCUUCUGUGAAUGCUGGGUCUAUCUCUUCGUCUAUGUCGGGUCCGAGCAACCAGGCCACUGAGAGGCAAAAUGCGCUCCUGUCCUUGCUAGGCAGCACAGUAUCGGGACCGUCCAAUGUCCAGACAGCCCCUGUUGCGCACCCUCCGCCUCAACAAGUCCCGACGCCCCCCGGUUCAGCACCGAGGAGUGGCAUGACUUCGAACGAGUCUCAGGGGAAAUUGUUGUUGGAGCAGCUCAUGUCAGGAAACACCCCGAAGUACAACUACCCUGAACCCCUCUACCCCAGCAUUGCGCCUACUACAUCUGGCCCGUCGCCUCCUUACGUAGCCAAUAUCUCUGAGGCGGGGGCUCGUCAGGACGUCGGCGAGAUUACACCCAACGAGUCCUCGUCAAACCUGUACGUCCCGCCGACAUCCGACAUGCUGGGUCCCCCUCCUGUUCAUGACCAGCGUGCCCCAUCACCCGCUCGCAAAUCUCAGUUCGAGGCCUUCGUUUCACCAUUCGAGGCGUUGGCGAACACGGCUGCUAGCAAGCGAAAAGCGGCUCCUCAGCCAUCCGGCAUGCCGAGCAGUGCUGAAGACUUUUCCUUCCCCAGCCUUACCAUCGAUCCCAAGCGAAAAUCUGUAGAGAACCUAAUGGAGCAGCUCACGAGGGGUCCGGUACCCCAGCCUGCGCCUGUACAACAGAUAUCUUCUUACGACCCGUACACUCCCAGCGAGGAGUUCACGCCGCAGGCUGAGCCUGCACAGACGCGUGCGUCUCGUCCGCUACCUCCUCAACCACCACACGCGCCCUCUCCCCCUCGCCUGUCGCCACCGAAGCAGCAGGCCCAGGUGCGUCAGCAGCAACGUCGCUCUGCCGAGUCUCCUUUGGGUCCUGCUGUAUACGGGCCCUCUCUUCCUAUAUCCGGUUCUGGGUACAGGAACAGUGGAUCUGAAGGCAGGAGCCGCGGUGGUCCUAAGUUCAAGACCAAUAGCCCGAGUUCGCAGCCGCAGAGCGUCGUCUUUGACGUCUCGCAGCCUUUGGAGGAAAUCCAAGCUCCUCGCGAUGCAGUCAAGACCACGGCCAUCGCACUGGUCAAGGUCGACGCGACUUUCCUCCCUGGAUCCACCAUUGGCGCAACGCACUGGGUUGCGUACGCGAUGACCAAAGGCCGUGUUCGCGUCAUUUCGCGCUCCAGUGGCGACCGGACUUUGCUACAGCUGCCCCCACCGUUUCCGCCGCAGGCAUCUGUGACUGACAUGUCUGUGCACGGCAACCGUCUGGCAGGAGUUACCUCGGACGGUGGCUUCGUCGUUUGGCAGCUGCCUGAAGUCAUCAUGGACGACGUCCCGGGCACGAUCAUGCUCUGCGUCGAGCCUACGGACGUAGACUCUCUUCACGCCGUCAAGUGGCACCCGCAGCAGCCUGAUCUAGUCGCGGUCGCUUCCGAGAAGACCGUCUACCUGGUCAACGUCGUAGAUGCUGCGCACGUCUUCAACGGCGAACCGAUUCCCCAGGCAGAGUUGCACCGCGUGGCACAGACCUACGCCGUCUCGUCUCCUAUCGUUGCCAUUGACUUCGACGUCCCUCGAUCCGCUCUUGCGACCAUAUCGGAGGACUCCACUCUGACGAUGUGGAACAUAAACGACAGGUUGCCGUUCUGGUCGCACAAGGUCCGCGGCGACGACAUGCCGUCUUCACUGACCUUCGUCGAGAACGGUGUAGUUGUUGGUCGCAAGAACGGCACGGUGUUCCAGCUCCUGGCGAUCAUGGGUAGAUACGUUCUGUCGACCGUGAAGUUCGUCAACAGCGUCCAAGAAGAUCCGGACAUGUUCGGACAUGUCAGCUACGACUCACGCAUACAGACGUUGUGGGUCGCGAACAACCGGAGGGACAGCAUGAUCGCUCUCAAGAUCGGCUUCGACAACUCUGCGCCGUCGCCCAACAGCGAGGACGUCAGCAGAGGCGCAUACUUCGACCAGGUGUUGGAGUUCGGAGGACCCCGUCCGACCAUUCACUUCGUCAUUCUUACCGCAGAUGCUGAUCCUACUGGCGAAGAAGGGCUUGCUGCUUGCAAUGCGGCCAAGGUUCCUCCUGGGAGUUGGCUUUGCGAGUGGUUUAACUCUGCGCUGGUGUCCGCUCCGGCUAGGUUCCCGUCGUUGCCUACGCAGUCGCUACCGGCUGAGAUCAAGACGCAGCAGCGGCCUGGUAUUCCUCCACUCUUGACCAGCGGCUCGAUGACGCAGCCCGCGCCUGCGCCCCAAUUCAUGAACGUGCCAGCGCCAAGGCGACCGACGCCACCAUCGGAGGACGUCGAGGGCGAGCACAGCCGCGAUGAGUCUGGACGCAUGCAGGAGCAGAAGGGCAAGAAUGCUAAGGGUAAGAACGUCGGGUGGAAAGACAAAGAGAAGGACGAUGGCAAGGAGAAAGAGGGGAAGGCACGUGGCGGCGAUCCCACUAUCAUCAAUGACUCUCCACUCGGCGUCGCACUCACAAAGGAGAUGCGUAAGGUGGAAGAGAACCUUCACACUCGCAUCGGGCGGCUGAUCGGAAAGGAGCUCGACAAGCAACACCAACGCCUGGAGGAUGCUCGUACUCACGAGCAGGCCGAGGACUUCGCGCGCCAGGAGAAGAUCUUGAAGUUGAUUUCUACUGAGCUGAGCAAGAACACGACGCGCGUCGUCGAGAUGGCCGUCAAGAACGAAGUGCAGAACUCGGUGCUGCCGUCGCUCGAGCACAUCACGAAGACCGAAGUCAAGGCUGCGCUUGGCAACCAGAUCUCGAAGGGGCUGUCGGAGUCGUUCAAACAGAACCUUCCCAAUGAAAUCGAGCGGAUGCUCUUGCGCCCUGAGAUAUCCUCCCAGAUUGCGCGCAACGUCUCCAAUGCUGUGACGCCUGUCGUUGAGAGGCAGCUGAAGGAGACAGUCUCCAAGAACCUGAUUCAAGUGUACCAGCAGCAAACCAAUCACAUGCACCAAGAAUUGUCGCAGACAGCGUUCCGGAGCCAGGAGGGUAUGAUUCGUGAACUCGAGCAGACCGUUCGCUCCCUAGCUGAGCAAAUGAGGCUACUGAGCCACAACUCGGUGGCGCCGAGUCGUACGUCUCCAAGUGCGCCCGGCAGCCAGACUCAGGGCACUCUGUCGCAGCUCCUCCGUCAGCAGGCGUUGCCACCUCCGUGUCUCAACACCGUACCCUGGGCAGCAGGGCCCUUCCAGCAGUCGCAGAUGCCGCCGACUAUGCACCAGCCGUGGUUCAACCAGAACAUUGUGGCGCCACAGGCGUCCCACCCGACUGCCCCGCCGCCAUUGCCUCAGCAAGCGCUGCGCACUAGUCCGCAAGCGCAGACCGAGGAGUGGGACGAUACCUACCUUGCUGUGCUGGGCACGCAGGACAUUCGUCAACUCCGUGAGCUGUUGGCGCGGUCGAACCCUGACUUGAUCAUGCCGCUGAAGGGACCUGGCCCGCUGUCGCAGGCUGUUCGUGCGGCGUCGACGCUGAACAGUUCGGACCCUCUCAUCUCCCCCUACGUCGCGCGCGUACUGCCGAGCGUGCAGCAGAUGCUGAACACGACGAAGCAGCGCCUCGGCAUCAUCCCCGGUCCGCCAAUCGAGGCGACUCGUACUAUCUCCGAAAUUCAGGAUAUCCUCAGCCGCAAGCCGCUGUAACAUGCUCAUGUCGACCAUCUGCUGCCAAUGCUUUCCCCUUCGCCCCGCCUACACGUCGAUGCUGUGCAUGAAAGUAAGUUAGGAAUAUGUGUGUUCGCUAUGACAGUCCGCUCUGCCGUCGACUCCGCUACGCCACGCACUCUAGUUUUGUUUCACGACAUACAAACGAGCUUUGCUAUGACCCCUUACGCAACGUCAUGAUAUCUUGGUCUUGGGUUCUGUGUUGUAAACCAUCGAAAAUCCCUGUAGCGUUGACAUUUGACAUGAUCAUCAUGACACUGACGAGAAAAUAUACAUUUCGUUUCCUCAUC